CCCAGAUAAAGAACCCCCGCACCUCAUCAUUAACUUUAGAAGAGCCUAACCAGGUACUGGGCCUAUUAAAUACACCCUUCUGCCAUCCAAUAAAUCAUUAAGAACAAGGCAUACCUAGUGCACACCCUCCCCUUCCUCACUAAGUAUUCAUAAAAUUCUGUUUCCUCUACUUAGCACUGGACACAAACCCAACCGCCAAUAUUUAUAUGAACCAUAAAGAUCAGAUAUGCCAGACACUCUGGAUUCCAGUUCCAUUCACAUGGGCAGCCUUGUUUGCAAGAUGGUCGAGAAUCAUCUCCAAUGCAUAGAUUUACAUACGCAAGAAAAAAAGCAUAUUUCUAUCGAUGAUAUAGUCUGUAUUUUACCCGACUCAAGUCAGAAUCAAAUAGGAUAUCGGGUGCUAUUCCUUCAGACCGAUUCCGAGUGCCAAAGGGAUCAUGCACGCCUGGAAAGUAUCCAGGUGGCAUCUUUACCGUCCAAACUGCUAUCACGCUAUUUGUGCACAGAGUUACCCCAUCAUCUGAAUUCACGUCGGGACCAAAAGGUGGACAUCCAUGUUGUCAUAUCAACACUCUCGGGGACAGGGCUUGCGAAGAGCAUAUUCCAAAAUGCAUUAGAGCCCUUUCUGUUCCACCUUGGAUUGACUGACUAUAACGUUCACGAAACACAAUCCACCCAUACAAUAAUGGAGCUAGCCCGAUUGACGUUUCUUGCUCGUGCCAAGGCUGGGGUCUCUCAAACGAUCAUUCUUCUUUCGGGAGAUGGGGGCUUGGUUGACCUCAUUGACGUCUUCUAUAAUUCUGCUGAAACAGCGUUUGUUCUACCAAACAUUGCAUUGAUACCGACAGGCACAGGAAAUGCCAUGGCCAAUUCAACCGGGCUGUUGUCUCAUUCGACAAGUGCGUUUACGACACUACUACAAGGAAAGCCGGUGCCUAUACCAUCUUUCUCCGCCAAUUUUUCACCUGGUGCGCGGUACACUACUGAUGAGGGCCGUGGUCGGGCUACCAUAGGCACCACUCCAAAGGUUUAUGGCGCCGUUGUUGUGAGCUGGGGUAUCCAUGCAUCGUUGGUUGCUGAUAGCGACACGGCGGAAUAUCGCAAAUUCGGGGCUGACAGAUUCAAAAUGGCUGCAAAAGAGCUUCUUUUCCCCUCUAGUGGUGCCGAAACCCAUGAAUAUAAUGGGGAAAUAGCUCUUUUCAAAUUGGACCAAAGAGGCAAGCCCUAUGUUUCGGUAAUAGAACACAGCAAGCAUAUGUACGUGUUGGCUGUCUUAGUUUCAAGCCUUGAAAGCAAUUUUUUAAUAUCACCCCAAUCAAUACCGCUGGAUGGCCAGUUGAGGUUGGUUCACUUCGGCCCGAUACCACCGGAAGAAGCCAUGCGACUCAUGGGCCUGGCCUAUCAGGGUGGCCAACAUGUUCACGAGAAGGCUGUUACCUACACUCAAGUAGAGGGUCUUAGGAUCGAUUUCCAUGAAGCUGACGAAAAAUGGAGACGGGUUUGUGUAGAUGGCAAGAUUAUUGUCGUCGAACAAGGAGGUUGGGUGGAAGUACGAAAAGAGCCUCGGCGUUUGUUAAAUCUCAUCACUUGUGUAUCUUGAGAACUUUGGGUGUCACUAGGCCGACAUUGCUUCCACUGGUAGAAGUGUUAGUGGUCUUAUAUAAUUGUUGCAGUCCUACCCAGGUACUUAAAACAAUAGCUUAUAUUUUAUGUUCCCCUGUAUCUAUAAUAGUAUAGUUAUAUUUGGAGACAGAAAUGAAAUCCUGGAUGAUUUCAAGCCAGUGAGC